AGCUUCGACCGCUUUUCAGUGUUUUGGUCCUGAAAACCUUGUGUUUGUUCACCGAAUCCGAGCUAUAGUUCUCGGGAGGCUUUGCAUGGUUUCUGUUUCAACGCCUCCUAUUGGUUCCAUAGAACUACGUUUCCCAUAGUUCUCGGCGGCAGGUCCCUGCUUCCGGCCUACGUGUCUCCCAGGAAGAAGACCGGUUAGAGGGGUGGUGACAUGGCUCCUCCGGCUCCCGGCGCGGUCUCUGGCGGCUCUGGAGAGGUAGACGAGCUGUUCGACGUGAAGAACGCUUUCUACAUCGGCAGCUACCAGCAGUGCAUUAACGAGGCGCAGCGCGUGAAGCUGUCCAGUCCCGGGAGAGAAGUGGAGAGGGAUGUCUUCCUGUAUAGAGCAUACCUCGCACAGAGGAAGUAUGGUGUGGUCCUGGACGAGAUCAAGCCUUCCUCGGCCCCAGAGCUCCAGGCUGUACGAAUGUUUGCUGAGUACCUUGCCAGUGAGAACCGAAGGGACAGCAUCGUACUGGAGCUGGACCGCGAGAUGAGCAGAAGUGUGGAUGUGACCAAUACCACUUUCCUGCUCAUGGCUGCCUCCAUCUACUUCCACGACCAGAACCCGGAUGCAGCCCUGCGCACCCUGCACCAGGGUGACGGCCUUGAGUGCACGGCCAUGACGAUUCAGAUCCUCCUCAAGCUGGACAGGCUGGACCUAGCCCGGAAGGAGCUGAAGAGGAUGCAGGAGCAAGAUGAGGACGCCACCCUCACCCAGCUGGCCACUGCCUGGGUUAACCUGGCUAUGGGUGGUGAGAAGCUGCAGGAAGCCUACUACAUAUUCCAGGAGCUGGCAGACAAGUGCUCGCCCACACUGCUGCUGCUCAAUGGCCAGGCAGCCUGCCACUCGGCACAGGGCCGCUGGGAGACUGCGGAGGGCGUGCUGCAAGAGGCACUGGACAAGGACAGUGGCCACCCUGAGACCCUCAUCAACCUCAUUGUACUGUCACAGCACCUGGGCAAGCCCCCUGAGGUGACAAACCGAUACUUGUCACAGCUGAAGGACGCACACAGGACCCAUCCCUUCAUCAAGGAGUACCAGGCCAAGGAGAACGAUUUCGAUCGCCUGGCACUGCAGUACGCGCCCAGCGCCUAAGGCGGAGAUGCCCUGGUGACCCCACUGUGUGCCGCGGGAUGCUGUCCUCUCUUCCUUGUCUGCCAAUAAAGUCUGCUCAUGGUCUCUC